CUCUCCAUUCCUGUUAAGCUACCACAUACACAUGCACACACAUAAACAUCACACCACAUCAAACUCUCCCCUCCCCUUCCUUCUGUCACUCCCGAACACACCGGGAGAACCCCCGCCACCGCCGGCAGCCGCCCCACCACGUUCAUGAAAGCCUAAUAAAGAGAGAGAGUCUUUGUCAAAGCUGUAAUUUUUAAUGGUUUUAUAGGGUUUAUGAGGGAUUUGAAUUGAGAGUUUUAGAGAUAGAGAUAGAGGAAGAGAGAGAUUCGAUUGAGAAAUGUAUGUGGUGCCACCACCAAAGGGAUCAUCGGACACUGGAUCCAAUGGAGUCGGGUCGGGUGAUUUGCGGGUUUAUCAAACUUGGAAAGGCAGUAACAUAUUUUUUCUUCGAGGAAGGUUUAUUUUUGGACCAGAUGUAAGAUCGCUUGCGUUGACUGUAUUCCUGAUUGUUGCUCCAGUAGCACUAUUCUGUAUCUUUGUCGCCAGAAAGCUGAUGGAUGAUUUUUCAGAUGAUUGGGGAAUAUCAAUAAUGGCAGUUGCUGUUGUGUUCACUAUUUAUGAUUUAGUUCUUCUCCUGCUAACAUCUGGAAGGGAUCCUGGCAUAAUUCCCCGCAAUGCACAUCCACCAGAACCUGAAGGCUUUGAUGGGAGUGCAGAUGUUGGGUCCGGUCAGACUCCACAAUUACGUCUGCCACGUGUUAAGGAGGUGGAAUUCAAUGGAAUGACUGUGAAAGUUAAGUAUUGUGAUACUUGCAUGCUUUACAGACCACCUCGCUGCUCGCAUUGUUCAAUAUGCAAUAACUGUGUUGAAAGAUUUGACCAUCACUGCCCUUGGGUUGGGCAAUGUAUUGGCUUGAGAAAUUAUCGAUUCUUCUUCAUGUUUGUCUUAUCAACGACCCUUCUUUGUAUAUAUGUUUUUGCUUUCUGCUGGGUCUACAUUAGGAAGAUCAUGGGAUCAGAGAACAUCUCAACUUGGAAAGCAAUGAUCAAAACCCCUUCCUCCAUUGUUUUAAUAGUUUACACGUUCAUAUCAAUGUGGUUUGUCGGUGGUCUUACUGCCUUCCAUUUGUAUCUUAUCAGCACAAAUCAGACCACUUAUGAGAAUUUCCGAUAUCGCUAUGAUAGGCGGGCAAAUCCUUUUUAUAAAGGAUUGGUGGAGAACUUCAAGGAGAUCUUUUGCUCCAGUAUCCCCCCGUCUAAGAACAAGUUCAGGGCGAAGGUGCCCCGGGAACCUGCAUUACCCACCCGGACACUUGGUGGGGGCUUCAUGAGUCCAAAUAUGGGUAAAGCUGUCGGUGACAUAGAAAUGGGUAGGAAAACUGUAUGGGGAGACAUGAGUGCUAUGGCUGAUGGUGAAGGACAACCUGCCAACAAUGAUCGAUUGAACAUAAAAGAUGGUGAACUAGGUGAGUUAUCCCCGGAUAUCAGGACCACAGUAGAUGAAGUUGGGGACCGUGGUGGAUUGCAUCCCAGGCGAUCGAGUUGGGGAAGAAAAAGUGGAAGCUGGGAGAUGUCACCUGAAGUUCUUGCUUUGGCAGCUAGAGUGGGGGAAUCUAACCGUGUGGGUGGUGGGAGCAGCAGUGGCAGCUUAACAGCUGAGAACCGACAAUCAUAGUUGUAGAUUUGAUCCCCAUCCAAACCUAGGAAAUGGAAGAUUAACUGAUUUGGUGAGUGCUGGGGGUGAUUGCUGACCAAAUGGUUGGUUAUUCAACUUCCAAACUAUAUAUUAUGUGGAAUAUGGGGAAACUUUAGAGGGGGUGCUUGAAAAUCUUUGUUGGUUUGACCAUUGUGCUUUUAGGGUGUGGAAUGGAAUGGUGUGUUGUUAGUAUGAGUGAGCUAUUGUCAGUUUUGAUUCUUGUAUUUCUGGAAUUAGGUAGUGUUCAAUCUCAUUUUAUUUGAGGAA